AUGGGUGCUAAACCAUCCCCGAGAGCAGGCGUCGGCUACACUCAAGGUCCUUAUACUCAUACUCAACAGCAGUUACCACCCGAACUUCGACCUCCCCAACAACCGCGUCACCGUAUUGAUCCUGACCAAAUGCCAGCCCCUGUGCAAGUCCGAGAACAGGAUCAAAUCCUCUUUGACGAUAAAUUUUUCGGGACGCUCGAACGCGAUCGCGUGCCUCUGGCAACGACACGCUACAUUGGGUUGGAUCAAGGCAAUUGCAAUCCUCGGUUUAUGCGUUCCACGGUGGAUAAAAUGCCUUUCAGUCGAGAAAUAGCCUACGUUUCCAAACUUCCCAUCGGUUUAAUCAUUCAACCUCUUGCCAAACAAAGACCGGACGAAGUCCCAGUACAGGUCGUCGAUCACGGUGAAGAAGGACCGGUGCGAUGUACUCGAUGUCGAGCCUACAUCAAUCCUUGGUGCACCUUUGUCCAGGGAGGAGCCCGGUUCAUCUGCAGCAUUUGCUCGCAUUCAAAUGAAGUGCCAUCGUGGUAUUUUGCCAAUGUGGACAUGUCGGGACGCCGAAUAGAUGUAGAACAACGGCCUGAAUUGCGAUAUGGAUCGGUAGAAUUUGAAGUGCCCAAAGAUUACAAUUCGGCGCGUACUCCAUCUCCACUCAACUAUGUAUUUGCUAUUGAUGUGUCGGCCCAUGCCGUUCGUACGGGUAUGCUAGAAGCUUGCUGUGGUGCCUUGUUAGAAACCCUGUACGGAGCCCAUUCCGAGCAACAAAAACUAAAUCCAGGAAGCAAAAUUGGCAUCUUGACCUUUGACAAAGCCGUGCACUAUUAUAAUUUAUCGGCAUCUCUAAGUCAAGUCCAAAUGAUGGUGGUUCCCGAUAUUGAUGAUUUGUUUGUUCCCUUGGAGGAUGGUUUUCUAGUGGAUCCCAUGGCAUCAAAAGAUAUCAUUGAGGAGCUGUUACAAAAUCUGCCCACCAUGUUCAAAGAAACGCAGAAACCGGAAGCCGUGUUUUCCUCGGCGGUGCGCGGUGGUAUGCUUGCCUUGCAAAAAACCGGCGGUCAAGUAUUUGUAUUCCAGUCGUGUCUUCCGACUUAUGGCCCCGAUGCAUUGAAAUCGCGCGAUGACAAGGCUUUGUAUGGCACGGAUAAGGAAAAGACAUUGCUGAGUGUGCAAAGCGAAAAAUACACCGACCUUGGAAAGGAGUGUGUGAAGAACGGGGUGUGCGUGAAUUCGUGGUUCUUCCCCACCCACUACGUGGAUGUGGCCACGUUGGGCGCCAUUUCCGAAUUAACAGGCGGAGACGUUCGUUACUAUCCCAACUUUACUGCACGCGACAAACCAAAACUCAUCUAUCAGUUGGAUCACGACGUUCAUCGUGAGAUUGGUUAUGACGGUGUUUUGCGUGUACGAUGCUCCGAUGGUUUGCAGGUGAUUGAUCACUACGGCAACUGUCACAUGAGUACGUAUACAGACAUGGAACUGGCAGGUAUCGAUGAGGACAAGACGAUUGCGGCGGUGCUGAAACAUGACAGCAAGCUGGAUACCAACCGAGGCGUGUCGUUCCAAUGUGCAUUACUCUAUACCAAUAAACAAGGUCGACGACGGGUGCGUGUGCAUAAUUUGAACCUCUCCGUCACCACCCAAAUUGCCGAUGUGUUCCGAUUUGGUGAUGAAGAUGCAGCGAUUAGCAUCUUACUUCGACAAGCCAUUUUUGAUCUUCCUCAUAAAAAUAGAAAAGAUGUGCAUCAAAAGUUGACCGAUCUGUGUGUCAACAUUUUGAUGGCUUAUCGCAACAACUGCGCGUCUUCCACGUCUUCCGGACAACUCAUUCUUCCCGAAGCAUUCAAAUUGCUACCCGUGUACGUUCACGGUGCGCUUCGAUCGUCGGCCUUGCGAGGAGUGGGUGUGGAUGUGAAUACCGAUUUUCGAUCAGCGGGCAUGCGAUUAUUCAACAGUCUUAGUGUGGCGGAACUCGUGUGGACACUGUAUCCUCGUAUGUUUGCUGUGCAUACGAUGGACAAUCAGUGUGGUACAUCCAACAUGAAGGGCGAAGUUCUACUGCCACCUAUGGUGCGUGUGUCGUACGAUCGACUGGAUCCGAAAGGCGCAUAUCUCGUUGAUACGGGAUCCGACAUGUUUUUGUGGUUAGGAAGUAAUAUUGCGCCAGAGCUGCUGGAGGAGAUCUUUGCUGUGAAAUCUCUGGAUCAGGUGGAUCCGGAAAUGACUUUACUACCGGCAUUGACGACGGAGCGCUCGCAUCAACUUCAUGGUAUUAUUCGGUAUCUGCAGAGUCAAAGAUCACGUUAUCUUCAGCUCCGCAUUAUACGUCAGAAUAUGGAUCCCAUGGAGUUCAUCUUUUCCACUUGGAUGACCGAAGAUCGCAAUGCUGAAGUGCAGACAUAUGUCGACUUUAUGUGCGUCCUCCACCGAAAGAUCCAAGAAGAAAUGAAAAAAGCAAACAACUAA